UGGCCGCAAAAACAAACGAGUCGCUCGCAGUAAUUCGUGUCUAACUUCAUCUGGAAGUCGGUUACCGGAUCCCGGAACUCUUCUCAGUGUGACAUUUUAGAAACCGAGACGUGACCCGGUGAGCUUCCGGCCUGUGGAGCUCUGCGCGUGCGUUUGGACUGAGGCGACAGGAAGCCUGAUGUGUGAUCCAGUUUAGGAGUGGACCCCGGUCACUCACUCCCUCAUGUCCUGCCCGGCUGUCCCGCCCCUCGGCACUGGGGCUCCAGAACCUCUGACCUUCCUGCACCAGCGCCUGCUGAUGGCCGAGGAGGAGACUGAGGCUCUUAUUCGAGACGUGAGUGAACUCGGGGUAUCCAGGGACCAAGUUUUGGGAUCUCCUGGGAGGAUGGACCCAGUCAGCCCCCUGAAGGUCUGUUGGGCCCGUCAUGACGAGAGCUUGCUUUGGCAGAAGUGCGACUCUCUCGUGAGUCGAGUGUCUCGCAUGGAAAGUCUGCUGCAGACCCUCAAACUCACCGUCUUCCGCCUGGAGACUGAAAGAGAGCUGGAUCCGUCUCACACAGCCCAUUUGAAGCAGCAGCUGGCAGCACUGCAGCAGGAGAGUGAGGAGGAGCAGCAGGCGUCCAGAAAGGAGGUGAUCAGGCUCCGAGGUCGUCUUCAGCAGGCUUACCAGGAGAGAGACGAAGCUCGCACACAGGUGCAGAUGCUGGGGGAGACGCUGGAGGCAGCUGCUGCUGCCAAGGUGGACGUGGCUCUGGCUGCCGAGGAGCUGAAAACUGUUAAAUUAGAGAUGAGUCAGAAGCUGAUGGAGAUGACGGAACAGAUGAGGCAGGAAUCCACCCGCUCAGACGAAGCCAUCAGAUCUCACAGUGAGCUUCUCCAGCGGGUCCAAGAGAUGGAGCGAGUGGUGGAGAUGGAGAGGAGACAGGCUCUGCUGCUGCAGACGGACCGCCAGGCCUCGCGUGUGGAGGUCCAAUCUAGCCGGCAGCAACUGGCAGAAGAAAAGAACCGAGGCAGACGGCUGGAGGAGGAAUGUCAGCAGCUCAAAGAACAGACAGGCCUGACCGCUGCUCUCACCUCCACUCUAACGCUGUGAAAGGAAAGA